AUGCGCUCUCUUUCGUUGGUUCAUCGUAAGUCUCUCAAAUUCCGUCGUCAUCUAAUCACGCUCUACUUUCGUUGGUUGCCUUUGGAACUCUUUUUUUUGAGUCUCCUCAGAUUCCAUCUAAUCACGCUCUACAUUCGUUGUUGCUGGAACUCUUUUCCCUCCAUCAAUUCCGGGUCUCUCAAAUUCUGUCAUCUAAUCACGCUCUUUCAUUGUUUGCCUUUGGAACUCUUUUUCUCCAUCAAAGCCAUUAUACCAUUAUGGUCUCUCAAAUUCCGUCAUCUAAUCACACUCUCUUUCGUUAGUUUGACUCUUUUCCCUCCAUCAAAGCCCUCCAUCAAAUUCCAUUAUCUAGUCUCUCAAAUGGUUCCACUCUUUUCCUCCAUCAACCAUUAUGAGUCUCUCUAUCACGCUCUACUUUCGUUGGUUUGCCUUUGGACUCUUUCCCUCCAUCAAAGCCAUUUAUGGUCUCUCAAAUUCCGUCAUCUAAUCACACUCAACUUUCUUUGGAACUCUUUUCCUCCAUCAAAAGACAUUGAAUUCUCAUUCCGUCAUCCACGCUCAACUUUCGUUGGUUUCCACUCCCUCCAUCAAAGCCAUUAUGAGUCUCAAAUUGAGUCUCUCAAAUUCUUUGGAACUCUUUUCCCUCCAUCAUCUAAUCUAAUCGCUCUACUACUUUCCCAUUAUGAGUCUCUCAAAAUUCCGUCAUCUAAUCCGCUCUACUUUCGUUGGUUGCCUUUGGAACUCUUUUCCUCCAUCAAAGCCAUUAUAAGUCUCUCAAAUUCCGUCAUCUAUCCACGCUCUACUUUCGUUGGUUGCCUUUGGAACUCUUUUCCCUCCAUCAAAGCCAUUGUAGUCUCUCAAAUUCCACUCUUUUCCUCCAUUGUCUCUCAAAUUCAUCAUUGCUUUCGUUGGUUGCCUUUGGCACUCUUUUCCCCUCAUCAAAGCCAUUAUGGGUCUCUCAAAUUCCGUCAUCUAAUCACGCUCUCUACUUUCGUUGGUUGCCUUUGGAACUCUUUCCUCCAUCAAAGCCAUUAUGAGUCUCUCCGUUCAUCAUCUAAUCACGCUCUACUUUCAACUCUUUUCCUCCAUCAAAGCCAUUAUGGUCUCAGAUUCCGUCAUCUAAUCGCUCUACUUUCGUUGAAACGGAACUCUUUUUCCUCAUCUAAUUCUCUCCGCUCAUCUAAUCACUCUAAUUUGGUUGCCUUUGGAACUCUUUUCCUCCAUCAAAGCCAUUAUGGAUCUCUCAAAUUCCGUUAUUUAAUCACGCUCUAUUCGUUGGUUGCCUUUGAACUCUUUUCCUCCAUCAAAGCCAUUUAUGAGUCUCUCAAAUUCCGUCAUCUAAUCACGCUCUACUUUUUGUUAUUUUUCCCUCCAUUUGUCUCUCAAAUUCUUUCCGCUCCUGGGUUGGUUGCUCACUCUUUUCCCUACCAAGCCAUUAUGAAACUCUUUUCCCUCCAUCAAAGCCAUUAUAGGUCUCUCAAAUUCUGUCAUCUAAUCACGCUCUACUUUCAUUGGUUGCCUUUGGAACUCUUUUCCUCCAUCAAAGCCAUUAUGGGUCUCAAAUUCCGUCAUCUAAUCACGCUAAUUUUUCGUUGGUUGCCUUUGGAACUCUUUUCCCCAUCCAUUAUGAGUCUCUCAAAUUCCGUCAUCAAUCACGCUCUCUUUUCGUUGGUUGCCUUUCGAACUCUUUUCCCUCCAUCAAAUCACGUCUCUCAAAUUCAAUCAUCUAAUCACGCUCUACUUUCGUUGGUUGCCUUUGAACUCUUUUCCCUCCAUCAAAGGCAUUAUGAGUCUCUCAAAUUCGUCUCAUUCCGUCAUCUAAUCACGCUCUACUUUCUUUUGGUUUGCCAUUGGCUCUUUUCCCUCCAUCAAAGCCAUUAUGAGUCUCUCAAAUUCCAAUCAUCUAAUCACGCUCUGCUUUCGUUGGUUGCCCUUUGGAACUCUUUUCCUCCAUCAAAGCCAUUAAGUCUCUCAGAAUUCUGUCAUCUAAUCAAGCUCUGCUUUCGUUGGUUUUGCCUUUGGAACUCUUUUCCUCCAUCAAAGCCAUUAUGCGUCUCUCUCAAAUUCUCCCAUUAUGAGUCUCUCAAAUUCCGUCAUCUAAUCACGCUCUACUUUCGUUGGUUUGCCUGUGGAACUCUUUUUCCCUCCAUCAAAGCCAUUAUGGUCUCUCAAAUUCCGUCAUCUAAUCGCUCUCUGCUUUCGUUGGUUGCCUUUGGAACUCUUUUCCCUCCAUCAAAGCCAUGUCAGUCUCAAAUUCCGUCAUCUAAUCCGCUCUGCUUUCGUUGGUUGCCUUUUGGAACUCUUUUCCUCCAUCAAAACCAUUAUGAGUCUCUCCAAUUCCGUCAUCUAAUCACGCUCUACUUUCGUUGGUUGCCUUUGGAACUCUUUUCCCUCCAUCAAAGCCAUUAUAGUCUCUCAAAUUCCAACUCUUUUCCCUCCAUCAAAGCCAUUAUAAGGUCUCUCAAAAUUCCGUCAUCUAAUCCGCUCUACUUUCGUUGGUUGCCUUUUCGAACUCUUUUCCUCAUCAAAAGCCAUUAUGGGUCUCUCAAUUCCAACUCUUUUCCCUCCAUCAAAAGCCAUUAUGAGUCUCUCAAAUUCCGUCAUCAUCACGCUCUACUUUCGUUGGUUGCCUUUGGAACUCUUUUCCCCUCCAUCAAAGCCAUUAUGAGUCUCUCAAAUUCCCUCUUUUCCCCUCCAUCAAAGCCAUUGGUCUCUCAAAUUGGGUAUCUAAUCACGCUCUGCUUUCGUUGGUUGCCCUUUUGGAACUCUUUUCCCUCCAUCAAAGCCAUUAACAGUCUCUCAAAUUCGUCAUCUAAUCACGCUCUACUUUCGUUGGUUUCUGAACUUUUUCCCUCUCAAAGCCGUAUGGAGUCUCUCAAAUUCCGUCAUCUAAUCACGCUUUCUACUUUCGUUGGUUGCCUUUGGAACUCUUUUCCUCCAUCAAAAGCCAUUAUGGGUCUCUCAAAUUCUCCAUUAUGGGUCUCUCAAAUUCCGUCUCUAAUCACGCUUCUUUUCGUUGGUUGCCUUUGGAACCUUUUUCCCUCCAUCAAAGGCAUUAUGAGUCUCAAAUUCCGUCAUCUGGCUUAUCUACUUUCGUUGUUUGCCUUUUGGAACUCUUUCCCUCCAUCAAAGCCAUUAUGGGUCUCUCAAAUUCUCCAUUAUGGGUCUCUCAAAUUCCGUCAUCUAAUCACGCUUUUACUUUCGUUGGCCUUUGGAACUCUUUUCCCUCCAUCAAAGCCAUUAUGGUCUCUCAAAUUCCGUCAUCUAAUCACGCUCUACUUUCGUUGGUUGCCUUUGGAACUCUUUUCCCUCCAUCAAAGCCAUUAUGAGUCUCAAAUUCCGUCAUCUAAUCAAGCUCUCGCUUUCGUUGGUUGCCUUUGGAACUCUUUCCCUCCAUCAAAGCCAUUGACUUUCUUUUUUCCUCCAUCAAAGGUCUCUCAAAUUCCCCAUUAUGAGUCUCUCCGUUCUCAUCUAAAUUCGUUCAUCUGUCACGCUCUCAAAUUUCAUCUUGGUUGCCUUUGGAACUCUUUUCUUUUCCUCAUCAAAGCCAUUAUGGUCUCUAAAUUCUCUCUCAAAUUCCGUCAUCUAAUCAUCGCUCUACUUUUUCGUUGGUUGCCUUUAGAACUCUUUUCCCUCCAUCAAAGCCAUUAUGAUUCUCUCAAAUUCCGUCAUCUAAUCCGCUCUACUUUUCUCUCUCCGUUCCGUCAUCUAAUCGCUCUCUUUCGUUUGCCUUUGGAACUCUUUCCCUCCAUCAAAGCCAUUAUGCGUCUCUCAAAUUCAUCAUCUAAUCACUCUACUUUCGUUGGUUGCCUUUGGAACUCUUUUCCUCCAUCAAAGCCAUUAUGGUCUCUCAAAUUCCCCAUUAUGAGUCUCUCAAAUUCGUCAUCUAAUCACGCUCUCUUUCGUUGGUUGCCUUUUGGAACUCUUUUCCUCCAUCAAAGCCAUUGGGUCUCUCAAAUUCCGUCAUCUAAUCCGCUCUGCUUUUCUUUGGUUUUUGGAACUCUUUUUCCUCCAUCAAAGCCAUUUAUUCUCAAAUUCGUCAUAAUCACGCUCUACUUUCGUUGGUUGCCUUUGGAACUCUUUCCCUCCAUCAAAGCCAUUAUGAGUCUCUCAAAUUCCCUCUACUUUCGUUGGUUCUUUGGAACUCUUUUCCCUCCAUCAUCUAUUGCUGGAGUCUCUCAAAUUCAAUCAUCUAAUCACGCUCUACUUUCGUUGGUUUGCCUUUGGAACUCUUUCCUCAUCCUCCAUAUGAGUCUCUCGAUUCCGUCAUCUAUCGAAGCUCUUUCGUUGUGGUUCAAAUUCCGUCCAUCAAAAUCUGGGUCUCUCUUCUCUACUUUCGUUGGUUGCCUUUGGAACUCUUUCCCUCCAUCAAAAGCCAUUAUGGUCUCUCAAAUUCCGUCAUCUAAUCGCUCUACUUUCGUUGGUUGCCUUGGGCUCUUUUCCCUCCAUCAAACCAUUAUGAGUCUCUCUCAAAUUCCGUCAUCUAAUCACGCUCUCUUUUCGUUGGUUGCCUUUGGAAUUUCUUUCCUCUUUUCCAAAUUCCAUCUAAUCCGCUCACUUUCUUUUGGUUGCCUUUGGCCUCUUUCCCUCAAUAAAGCCAUUAGCCAUUAUGAGUCUCUCAAAUUACGUCAUCUAAUCACGCUCAACUUUCGUUGGUUGCCUUUGGAAAUCUUUUCCCUCCAUCAAAGACAUUAUGAGUCUCUCAAAUUCCGUCAUCUAAUCACGCUCAACUUUCGUUGGUUGCCUUUGGAAUUCUUUUCCCUCCAUCAAAGCCAUUAUGAGUCUCUCAAAUUCCGUCAUCUAAUCACGCUCUACUUUCGUUGGUUGCCUUUGGAACUCUUUUCCCCUUGCCAUUAUGGUCUCUCAAAUUCGUCAUCUAAUCCGCUCUCUACUUUCGUUGGUUGCCUUUUUCUUUUCCUCCAUCAAAGCCAUUAUGAGUCUCUCAAAUUCCGUCAUCUAAUCACGCUCUACUUUCGUUGGUUGCCUUUGGAAUUCUUUUCCCUCCAUCAAGCCAUUAUGAGUCUCUCAAAUUCCUUUGCCUUUGAACUCUUUCCCCUCCAUCAAAGCCAUUAUGAGUCUCUCAAAUUCCGCCAUCUAAUCACGUUUCAUUCUUUCGUUGGUUGCCUUUUGGAACUCUUUUUCCCCUCCAUCAAAGCCGUUAUGAGUCUCAAAUUCCGUCAUCUAAUCACGCUCUACUCGUUGGUUGCCUUUGAACUCUUUUUUUCCCUCCAUCAAAGCCAUUAUGAGUCUCUCAAAUUUCCGUCAUCUAAUCACGCUCUACUUUCGUUGGUUGUUUUCCUUUUGGAACUUUGUUGGUUCUUUUCCCUCCCAUCAAACCAUUAUGAUCUCUCAAAAUUCCAAACCGUUAGGAGUCUCUCAAAUUCCGUCAUCGUCACGCUCUACUUUCGUUGGUUGCCUUUUGGAACUCUUUUUCCCUCCAUCAAAGCCAUUAUGAGUCUCAAAUUCUGUCAUCUAAUCACGCUCUCUACUUUCGUUGGUUUGCCUUUGGAACUUUCCCUCCAUUUUUUUCCUCCAUCUAAUCACGCCAUUGGUUGCCUUUCAACCUUUUCCCCUCCAUCAAAGCCAUUAAUUCUCAAAUUCCGUCACGCUCUACUUUCGUUUGGUUGCCUUUGGAACUCUUUUCCUCCAUCAAAGCAUUAUGAGUCUCAUCAAAUUCCGUCAUCUAAUCACGCUCUCACUUUCGUUGGCCUUUGCCUCCAUCAAGAACUCAAAUUUUUAAUCCUCCAUCGCACUCUUUCCCCUCCAUUAUGA